AUGACAACCGCGUCAGAAGCUCCCGAGAGUGAAAAAAUCUUUGAUAUACCUCCAAUUGAAGAUGUGCUACAAACCCCGAAAGCGAAUGGACAUGCGAUUGAAAAUGGAGAUGGAGAAGCACCACCGAGCAAGAGGCGGCGACUCAGUAGCGAGACAAAGACUAUACAGAAGCGCAAACCCGAAUCGCCUCCCUGGAAAAAAGUCUUAGCAGAAGGUCCAACUUCUUUUACUGUCGAUGGAAAACGCAAAUCAGGCCGUGUGAAUCAGAUACCAUUGGAGCUACAACCUCCGUCCGAGAAGAGGACAACGCGGGGUGCGGCGCAAAAGGCUGUCACCUCGAAAAGUAAACAUGGAAAUGGGAAUGGUAUUCACUCCUCUCUAAAUCGAGAUACAUCCACACCCGGAACCUCUCAAGCUUCCAAAAAGUCCACCAGCCAAAAUGUAUUGAAAUGCCCAGUCAAACUAUCAACAUCGCCAAAGCGCUCGCAUCGAAAGUCCAUACCUUCGGAGCAGAAUUCGACACAAAUACGAUCCAGCAGCAAAAAAUCUACCAUUUCUAAAGAACCACAGUCAACGCCUUCAAAUUCGAGGUUGCGCCGAUCAGGUCGAGCUUCUGAAGUAAUUCAGAAUGACCUUACGAAUUCAUCGCCAGCAAUAGAAGCAGAGAGUAUGGCAGAUCAAACCCCAAAAUCCACACCAACAAAAAUUAGACUUCGAGUCAAGCCAGCGGCCGUCCCUGUGGUACAUCCAAGGUCGCUUCCGGUACCGUCAAAAUUUGGGUCUUUCGAUGAGUUCUGGGAGCAGGGUCAAAAUAUACCAGUAGAAGCAGGUGGCUUGUAUAGCGCCGAAGAUGCGGUGAUUUUCACCGAGGAAGAUGCCAAGAAAGAAGCCCAUACAAUUAUACAGCUUGAGGAUGCGGUGGAACGUGGUGUUUUGGGGACUUCAUUAAAUCGUCCUGAGAAACAAGACCCCAUGCCACCGCAGUAUGCCCACCAAGAUCAUCUUGUAAGAGCUGCCCUACACUUCAGGAUGCUCAUGAUCAGGGAACAAAAAGAGCAUUUGAGGCUCGCGAAACAACUGGCUGAGGCAUGCAGAGAUGAAUGGACCCGACGACAACCAAAAUCUCAUGAACAACUGGAGGCAGAGGAAAGAAGGGCGUCUGAAGUGCGUUAUAAAAGCGUCCUCAAGAGUCUUUUGGGUACCUGGGAAAAUGUUAAAGCAGAGGUCAAUCGGCGGCGCCUAGUUGAAUGGGAGGCACAGGAACAAGCUCGGGUACGGAAAGCCCUCAACGAGGCUGUGGAUAUUUCUACGCAAAAGCUUCAGGCUCGUAGAGCGCAACAGGAUUCGGAUGAAGACACUGAAGAAGAAGAUAAUGAAGACGGGGAUGCAAAUGAUGAUUCCGAUAAUGAUGACAAUCUAGAUUCUGACCCUAGUGACGACGAAGAUAAUAUGUCCUCUUCGGAGUCGGAGGCCGACGAAGGGAAUACCAAACACGAGGAUGAGCAACUUACUGUCGAUGAAUUGCGCGAAAAAUACGCCGCCCUACCAGAUAUUGUGCCAGCCAGCGAUGACAAAGAAAUGGCUGGAAACGGCAGCGAAGAUGAAGACAUGGAAAGCGAUCCUUCUAUAGACAUGGACGACGACACGGAUUCCAGCGACGAAGAGGAUGAUAGUGAUGAGGAAGAGGACAAUGACGUGGAUGAAGGGAGCCGUGCUGAUCUUCUUGGAUUUCUUUUGCCUUCCGAUAUCAAAGAUCUUGAAACGAGGCAAGCUAAGUUGGGGCCCGUUGCAGAAGUAGUGGAAGCUAUGGACGAAGGUUCAACUCCAGUCGUACCAGAAGACGCAAUGGAUUUAGAUACCGAGGAUAGUGAAGUCCCCUCCAUACCCAAUGGAGAAUCUGUACCGCCUUUAAUGAAUGGAACAUCCAAAAAAUCAUCUCUGAUCGAAGAACUGUCCACAAGUGAGCAUCAUGAUUCAUCUAGCAAGGUAAAUGAAUUGUUAUCUGCACAUCAGCCACAAGAGGUUUCAGCGAUGAGUCCCGAUCGAAGCAGCCAGCCCACUCCUAGAACAACCGAGACUAAGCCUUCAGAGGUGGAUUCGGCAUCAUCUGUGGAUCUUCACCAGAGUAGUCGCCGCAAUACACAAAGCGCAACUCCUCAACCUGCAAACGGACUGAAGACUCCGGUUCCUUUUCUCCUGCGUGGUACCCUUAGAGAAUACCAACACUAUGGUUUGGAUUGGCUUGCCGGUCUUUAUGCGAACAACACAAACGGUAUCCUAGCGGAUGAGAUGGGAUUGGGGAAAACAAUCCAGACCAUAGCCUUAUUAGCUCAUUUGGCGUGCGAACACCAAGUCUGGGGCCCGCAUCUUGUCAUUGUACCCACAAGUGUUAUGCUCAACUGGGAAAUGGAAUUCAAGAAAUGGUGUCCAGGUUUCAAAAUCCUAACCUACUAUGGGAAUCAAGAAGAGAGAAAACGCAAACGUGCUGGCUGGAAGGAUGAUGAUGCUUGGAAUGUAUGCAUUACAUCAUACCAGCUUGUCAUUCAGGAUCAGCAAGUGUUCAAGCGACGACAAUGGCACUACAUGAUUCUUGAUGAAGCUCACAACAUCAAGAAUUUCCAAUCUCAAAGAUGGCAAACUAUGUUGAAUUUCAACACUCGAGCGCGGCUGUUACUGACCGGUACUCCUUUGCAAAAUAACUUGACGGAAUUGUGGUCCUUACUCUACUUCUUGAUGCCCUCGGAUGGAAGCGAGCAAGGUGUUGGUGGUUUUGCAAAUUUGAAAGAAUUCCAGGACUGGUUUAAGAAGCCAACAGAGCAAAUCUUGGAGCAUGGCAGGGAGCAAAUGGAUGAUGAAUCGAAGGCAAUCAUUAGCAAACUGCACAAGGUUCUUAGACCUUACCUUCUCAGGCGAUUGAAAGCAGAUGUCGAAAAACAAAUGCCCGGAAAGUACGAGCACGUUGAAUUCUGCCGUUUGUCCAAAAGGCAACGUGAGCUUUACGAUAGCUUUCUAAGUCGAAAUGAUACCAGAGAUACCCUUGCAUCAGGUAAUUAUCUUUCCAUCAUCAAUUGCCUGAUGCAACUGCGAAAGGUUUGUAAUCAUCCAGAUCUCUUCCUAGAUCGACCUAUUAUGACUUCUUUUCCAAUGGAAAAGUCUGCAAUCACCGACUUUGAGAUCAAGGACCUUUUAGUUCGCAGAAAAAUGUUCCGCCAAGAACCUAUGUCUAGAGUUAGCUUGGAUUUCUUGAAUCUCGUGCCCGUGAAGCAUGAAUACUUGCCUGGCAUCUUGGCCUCCGAAAUCAACAGACUCAGUGCCCGACGUGCCCUGGAAGUGAUGAGGGAGGCUCAGCGUGCAAGAGCCCAGAAUGCAUUUACCAACCUCGACCCUUCAACAGUCAAAUCAAAUCUGGUGUAUUUGGAAAGUGCUUCCAGGUGGGGACGAUUCGAAGAGCUUCAGCAUUGCGUAUAUCUCAAUGCACUCCGGCGACAACAGAAACCUAUCUAUGGUAGUUCCCUCAUUGCACGUCUAGAUCUUCGUCUUGAUCAGCGUCCACUACAAGCGAAGCCUAGGCGACGAACCAAGUUGAUAGAAUGGUUGGAGGAGUCUUCGCCGAUUAUGCGUUCAAUGGUUCCGACGUUUACCUCACGUUCUCAAGACCUACAUACAACCAUACAAAAAUUUGCUUGUGUAACUCCACCGGUAGUGGCGCGAGACAUGAACUCAGUUAUGUUCACACCCAAAGGUGUAAGUAACUUUCAAAGCACCGUCGCCACUCGAGAAACAGAUCCAUUUCAUGAGGCACGCAUGAGACUAUCCAUUCAAUUUCCGGAUAAGCGUCUUUUGCAAUAUGAUUGCGGUAAAUUACAAACUCUGGACAAGUUAUUGCGCAAACUGCAGGCCGGCGGGCACAGAGCACUAAUAUUCACUCAAAUGACAAAGGUGCUUGAUAUUCUUGAGCAAUUUCUCAAUAUUCACGGACACAAAUACCUACGACUUGAUGGAGCUACCAAGAUUGAGCAACGACAAAUUCUUACGGAUCGCUUCAAUAACGAUACUCGGAUUCUUGCUUUCAUUUUAUCCAGUCGCUCGGGCGGUCUAGGCAUCAAUUUAACGGGUGCGGAUACUGUUAUCUUCUAUGAUUUGGAUUGGAAUCCAGCCAUGGACAAGCAAUGUCAAGAUCGUUGCCAUCGUAUUGGACAGACACGCGAUGUUCACAUUUAUCGUCUAGUCUCAGAACAUACUAUCGAAGCCAACAUUUUACGCAAAGCAAAUCAAAAGCGUAUGCUUGACGAUGUCGUUAUCCAAGAAGGAGAGUUUACCACGGAUUACUUCAACAAGAUGAAUGUACGAGAUGUCAUUGGAGAGGAAGAAUCUAGUCUUAUGGAUGGUGAUGCAGCAGCUAAUGCAGCCAUGGAUCGAGUAUUGGGUGGCCCUGAUAAUGACAAAGAUGUUCGACGUGUUUUCGCUCAAGCCGAAGAUCGCGAGGAUGUCGCUGCAGCUAGAGUCGCCGAACGAGAAAUUGUUCAGACCGACGCAGCUGAUUUCGAUGAGAACGCAGCUACAGCAUCUGCUACUCCCGGUGGCACGGGAACUCCUGCAGAAGGUGGCCCAACUCCUGGUGCCGAUGGAGCACCCACCGUUGAGGACCUCAUGGAGAUUGAUGAAGACGAACUCAAUGCUUGGAGCCAGCCCGUGAAAGCAGUGGAUGAAUACAUGCUGAAAUUCAUGUCUGUUCAACUAGCAAAUGCGCCCAUAGAGUUGCCAAAGGAUAAGAAGAAGGGCAAGAGGGGCAAAGACCAUCGAGAUCGCCAUAGACGAAGGUGA